AUGUCUGAACCACACACACACGGUGUUGGUAUCGCGAUAUCCACCCCAGAGCCCAUCAAUGAGAAAGCUGUCACGGUUCUAGGAAAGGAUGAGGGCCAAGUCAGUGGCAACGAAUUGUUUGUUGAAAAUCCCCGUGACUCUGUAGAUGCUGUCAUUGUCACUGGAGCUGAUGUGGCCACCCAUCUUUUGCCGAUGCGAGAUGACUUCGACCCUACUUUGACAUUUCGAGCUGCUAUUCUGGGCUCUGGUCUCGCAGCCUUCCUGGCUGUCAUGACCCAGAUUUACACUUUCAAACCAACCCAAGUAAACAUUUCAGGCGUUUUCCUCGUUCUUGUUUCCUACUUUGUUGGUACCGCGUGGGCCAAGUUUCUGCCCCGCGGUGACAAGUUCGAGGCAAGAUGGAGAGAACAAAAUGGACAGGCUAGGCUCCCCUGGUGGAUCAUUAUUAUCAAGUUUGUGAAUCCUGGGCCGUUCGGUCUUAAGGAGCAUUCGAUCUCUGUGAUCACUGCCACGGCAGCCGGGUAUGUUACAGAUGCCACAGCUGUGUUUGCGGCACAAAAGCUGUUCUACGAUCUUACUCUGAGUGCCACAACUGUCAUCCUGGGCAUUAUCUCUAUCGGUCUCUUUGGCUGUGGCCUCUGUGGAUUCAUGCGGACUUUUGCUGUCUGGGAUGUUGAGGCUGUCUACUGGGGGAGCCUACCUGUUGUGAAAACUCUCCAAGGGCUUCACUGGGAGCAAGUAGACAACUCAAAGCCACUGAAAUAUUUCUGGUAUGCCCUCACGGGUAUGUCCCUUUAUGAGAUUUUUCCUGCAUACAUAUUUCCAUGGCUGAACUCUGUCUCUAUUCCGUGUUUGGCUUCACAGAAAGCAACUGGCAAAAAAGGUGCCAUACUAACCAACCUUUUUGGUGGUGCUACUGCCAAUGAAGGCCUAGGUCUCUUCUCUUUGUCUUUUGACUGGCAAUAUAUCACAUCAUCUUCAACCGCUAUACCUCUUAAGUUGGUACUUCAUACUUUUGUGGGAACUGGAAUCUGCGCUAUGGCGAUGAUUGGUAUCUACUUCGGAAAUGGCUGGGGUUCGAGAUCACUCCCGUUCAUGGCGACCAACCUUCUCAUGGCCAAUGGCACAAGAUAUCCCGUGAAAGAAGCCUUUCCUGGUGGCUUGCUGGACAAAUCAGUGAUUGAAAAACAUGGACUACCCCAGCUGACUGGGUCCUUUGCGUUUGGCCUGUUCAUGGCCAACACUGCGAUUGGUGCCCUGAUUCUCCACUGCAUCCUCUUCUGGGGCAAAGGUAUUUGGAGAGUACAUCAACGCGCCAGGGAAGGUAAGCAUGAUGACCCGCACCACACCCACAUGGCCAAGCACUACAAGGACACCCCAUGGUGGUGUUUUGCUGGUAUUAUCAUCAUUAGCUUUGUUCUUGGCCUUGUCGUGGUGAUCAAAGAGAAUAUCACUCUUCCGGUCUGGGCGUACAUUGUCGCGCUAGCACUAGGAAUCUUUAUUUCGCCUUUCAGCGUCAUUCUCUUUGCUCGCUUCGGCAACGGCAUUGCCACCAAUAACCUGUCGAAGAUGCUGGCUGGCCUCAUGCUUCCCGGGCGCCCAGUUGGUAAUAUGUACUUCGCUGCUUGGUCCCACAAUGUUGUCAUGUCUUCAGUCUCCGUGUCCACUGAUCUCAAGCUAGGAGAAUACCUGAAAAUACCCCCCAGAAUCAUGCUUUUGACCCAAAUGUAUGGCAUCGUACUUGGUGGAUUCAUCAACUAUGCUAUUUUGUCUUCCAUCAUCUCAGCCAACCGGGAUCUCCUUGCCGAAGGCAACGGAAAUUCCUCCUGGAGUGGUGCGACGAUGCAAGCUUUCAACACGAAGGCGGCCUCUUGGGCCUUGGCUCCCUACUUGUACAAGCUCGGUGCAAAGUACGAGAUGAUUCCUAUUGCCCUAGCCGUUGGUGCUGCUAUGGUGAUUAUCCAUCGGUUUGUUCCCAAAAUCGGACAGUUCGAUCUUUCGGAAAUCAACCUCCCACAAUUCAUCCAGUAUGCUGGCAAUAUCUCAACCCAGCCACAGACCUGCACUAUUCUCAGUGGAAUACUCUGUGGCUUGUUUACCCAAGCCUACCUUCGGAAUUACCACCCACGCAUUUUCAGAGACUACUCAUACAUUGUUGCAGGGGCCUUUGACGCCGGCAGCCUCUUUGUUGUCUUCAUUCUCUCUUUCGCCGUGUAUGGAGCUGGCGGACCAUCUCAUCCAUUUCCGUCGUGGUGGGGAAACAACCAGGAGGGACAUGUUGACUGGUGUCCCGUCUCAAAGUAG